AUGGCGAACGAACGGGAAAUUAAAAACGUAGCCAAGACUGUUCGUUUCAAGUUCUCCGAUCGAGCAGUAUCAGAUCUGACAAAAGUUUGUCAAAACUUCAAGGAUUUGUACCCUCGGAAAGCAUCUCACAAGUUUCCUGAUGGUAUUGAAAGGACAGUAUUUUCUUUAGACGGCACUAUACCUAUAAGUUACAAGGUAAAAGAAUACGAAUUGAAAAAUAUGAACUGUUUCAUGUGUAACAUAGAAAAUUAUGGAAUUUCUUACAAAAUCCGGUAAAGUUUUAAACUUUUUCGUUAUGCUUUUAGAGUAAUACCUAUCACAUUCCUAUUGCGAUGUUUUUCUUGGACAAUCAUCCGUAUGCCGGCCCAUAUUGUUACGUUAGGCCGACUGAGACCAUGAUGAUUAAGGCUAGCAAAUACGUGGACAAUGAAGGUCGCGUUUACCUGCCGUAUCUUACCGAAUGGAGAUAUCCGAAUUAUGAUACUGUUGGUUUGAUUCAGGUAAGUUAAUUUGGGGUUUAGAAGCUAAGGCUUUGAGGAAUUUGCUUUUUACUUUGUUAUACAUUAGCUGUUCGUAGACAUUUCUACUGUUUUUGUUAUGUCUGUUUGGAAUUGGUAGCUAGAAGUUAGAAAAUGUGUGUGGGGUUAGGUCACUAUGUUUUUCAACAAAAACUUUUUGUGGUAAUAAUGAUAAAUAUUGUUUUAGGUAAUGAUAAUAGCGUUUCAAGAAAAAUGCCCAGUUUAUGCUAAAGGCAGUCAACCAGCUCCUCUACCUCAGCCGGCCGCAAUUCCACCGUAUCCCACACAGUCUCCAGUACAAAUGCCUCAACCCACACCUUACCCACAGAUUGGUCUUUCUAGUCCAGGCUAUCCAAGUUCCAAUCCAGGUUAUCCGACUUCAACUCCGCCAUAUCCGCAAGCUUAUCAGCCGGCAUAUCAGCCGUUUGUGCCGGAUAUUCAUCAAAGCGGAUCGAGUCAGUCGUUGGCUUCUCAGAAUAGCAACAACUUCUACAAUACGAUUCAACCGAAUCAUAUUAGAGAUAGUUUGACUUCAGCCGUGGAGACCAAACUUAAGGAGAGGCUGAAGGAGAUGAUGGGUAAGGAUUUUGGUAGAUAAUUUUGUUUUUGAAGUUUAGGUAACAUUUACGACGUAAAUAGCCAAUAUGUGGCCGUUUCUACUCAGUAAGUUAUUUAAUGGAUUAUUGAUAAUAUGAAUGUUAGAAAAUUAACGUUUUGGUUGUAGGAACACCGUACGCUGAGCUUCAGUCGAUCGAAGUGAAUACACAAGAGUUGAAGAAUGGCAAUCAAAAACUCAGGGACAUGCUUGAUCAAAUGGAAAAGGAACAGAGGAGAUUGAAAGAUAUCAAGGCGAUUUAUGAGGUAAAUAAAAACGGCAAGAACUUUCUUUAUUUAAGUAAUUUUGAUAUUAUGUAAAGGCAAACUUUAAUUUUGAUAUACAAGUUUAUUUUAAUUUAAAAAUAACUUAAAAUGUCAUUUUUAGGACAAAAAACAGGAACUAACAAAGGCAUUAGAAUCCGUUCGAGCUUCAGGAUCAAACAAAAGUGUGGAAGAUACGGUAGAUGAGGCUAUAGAUGCCGCAACACCUCUACACAAACAGAUUCUGCAGUGUUAUGUUGAGGAUUGUGCUAUCGAUGAUACAAUCUAUGCGUUAGGACAAGCUUUAAAGAAGGGUACAAUUACUCUGCCCGUCUACCUAAAAUGUGUACGACAAUUGUCUCGGAAACAGUUCAAGAAGCGUGCUACGCUACAUAAAGCACGUCAAGCGGCUGGAUUGCCGGUCUAA